UUCCUGAGAUGCCCGCCGUGUCGUACCUCCUGCUGGCUGUCGGUGUCGCCGUCGUCGUCCCGGCGGCGGCCUACGUGCCCUCCGGCCACGACGUCCGAGGUCUCGAGUCCGAAACGCAACCACAGCCGCAGCCGCAGCUCCUGAUCUACUUCCCCAAGACGACGGAGAUCGGCUGCUUCGAAGGUGAGCAGCCGCCCCCCGGAAGCAGAGGCGUCUUCUUCCAGCUCGACAGGCUGCUAGGCCUCGACUACACGUGCAAGUUCAUCACGUACAACAUGCGCGACUACCGCGGUACCACGGACGCGUACCGCUUCCGCCGGCUGGUGUCCAUGUACCCGGAUAUCGUGAGGCCGAACCGCAAGCUGCAGUGCGACGCCAGCUCCGGCGACCUGGAGGAGCCGCAGGGUGCCGAGUUCGAGAUCCUGCGCGACGGCGUGAGGACGAGGUGCCGCAUGGUGGCCGCAGCCGACUCGCGCUCCGACGCGGGCAAGCUGCAGCUGCUCGAGGGCUACAAGCGGCUGCCCGGCGGCGUGCUGCUGCUGCGCGCCUGGUACGACCUGCCGCCGCUGUCCAGGAGCCGCGGGCUCGGCCGCAGCCGCUACGGCAGGUCGCCACAGCUGUCCAGGGCUCAGGAGGCGGCCAGGAGGCAAGACAGCGCUGCGACGGCUGCAGCCAAGAUUCAUGCAGAGACCCAGAGGAGGAAGCUUAACGGCGGACGCGGCUAGAGGGACCAGCUCCGCAAGAUGCGCCGCGACCAGCCAGGAUUUCUCAUCAGCAGGCAACAUCGGAGAAAAUCCUCAAUUCGCACAAUAUGUCUGGACAUUUUCCCAGUUUGGUGUCAUACUGAAGUCCAUAAGGAGAGGAAUUGAGUCUAUAAUCUGAAGAGCAAUUCGUUUUAUUGCCGCCAUAUGAAGAGUCCAACAAAACGGAAAACCAAACUUUUGUAUUUGUGUGGUAACAAUAAAAAAUUUAAACUACAAAACUGAAACAAAAA